AGUUUAUUUCCGCCCAAUAAUAACAAUAAUAAAUAGAUAAAAAAAAAACAUUAUUAUUACGAGAUAUGAGAGAGUCUGCCUUGGCAAAAUAUAAGAAGCGAAAAUCACGAAGUUUAUAAGGUUUGAAGUGUCGGUGAAUUUGGAACUUCUUCCUCAGCGGUUUCGUGUUCCUCUCAUCUCCGCCUACGUGUAAACCUCCCUCCGCAUGUGAAUCGCCGUCCUCUCUCCCUCUCUCCGGACCUUUCAACAGAUCUUUCCCUUGAAAUCUCUGAAACCCAGAUCAGAAAUCCGAUGGUCUGCUGAAAUCUCUCGAGAAGUCGGGAUCUUGCGGCGGCGGAGAAAGAAUUCACCGGAAAGUUAUGGAAACCGCGGCGGAGAGGAAGAGGGAGAAGCCGUACAAGGGGAUAAGGAUGAGGAAGUGGGGAAAGUGGGUCGCUGAGAUUAGAGAACCCAACAAGCGCUCGAGGAUCUGGCUCGGCUCCUACUCCACGCCGGAGGCGGCGGCGCGGGCCUACGACACGGCGGUCUUCUACCUCAGGGGCCCCACGGCUCGCCUCAACUUCCCGGAGUUUCUCGCCGGAGACGUCGCGACGGUCACCGGAGGAGAGGACAUGUCGGCAGCGUACAUAAGGAGGAAGGCGGCGGAGGUGGGUGCGCAGGUGGACGCGGUGGUGCAAAGCAAUGGUCAAGACCAAGACCGGGGUGGUCUGGGAAGUGGUAAUCACGAUUACGGGGAUAAUCAUAGAGAUGAUGGUAAGAGUGGGAAGGGGUUUAAGAGGGGUAACAACGGGCUAUUGGAACGGGUCGACUUGAACAAGAUGCCCGACCCGGAAUCUUCGGAUGACGACGAUGAAUGGGAGAGGAAAAGCAAGUGACAUGAACCAUCAUUUCAUCUGUAGGUGACGGUUGCUAACGUGCGCCUCCCGGAGUAUGUGAUUAGUGUUUCUAGUGUAAUGGUGUUUUUUUUUUUUGGCAAAGCUUCCCUUUUUUUUGUUACAAAGCGUAAAUCAUGGAGGGCUUAAAAGUUGCUUCAAGCCAAUCGAAGUUUUUUAAUUUA